AUGAGUCGGACAGGAUCUCGACGCCAAAGUGGACGCUGGACAAAUGUCGAGGAUGAAAUCCUAAUACGCAAAGUUAGGGCGCAGGAAGUGUUAGGACAGCCCAGAGACUGGAGUUCUAUCGCGGCCAUUAUUAGCGGUAGAUCGAACAAAGACUGUCGAAAACGCUGGGUGAGACUCAACGGCUGCAUAAAGAAGGGCGAAUGGAGCCCUAGUGAAGAUACACAGUUGCGCGAUGCUUUCGAGCAAUUUGGUGCUCGAUGGGUUCAAGUGUCAAGAUAUAUAAAGACGCGUUCUGCGGAUCAAUGCGCCGCGAGGUGGCAGAACUACUUGGACCCCAACAUCAAACGACAGAAGUGGUCACAUGAUGAAGACCUGCGCCUCCUACAAGCUUUUAGUGUACAUGGAAGCAAUUGGAAGAUGAUACAAAUGCAUGACCUCAUAGAUCGAUCUCUGCAAGACAUUCGCAACCGGUAUGUUUUCAUCGGUGGCUCUGGUGUAGCCUCCCACAAGAAGUAA